AUGUCUCCCGAAGAAGCAAGAGAGUACAAUAAUAUAUUGGUUGACGCCCUUAAUGAAGAUGAGACCGCUUUCUCCAAUGACUUUUAUGAUUUUGCGCCACUGCCUGCCACUCCACGCAACAUGAUCCUUGGUCCCUAUUUUUACGGUCGUAUGCCCAGCUCUGUUGUUAAAGUCAUGCGACCGCAACAAAAAGACAUUUGUUUGUUCGGAAAAUACCUUAAUUGGCAAGGUUGGGACCGACCCAAGCUUAUGAGGGGUUGGCCUACUUCAGGGCCAGAAAAAUGGAACAAGUGGCUUGAUCGACUGUCAAGCUUGUGUGAUACGCAGUGGAGGGAAGAGGGCAUCUAUGAUGCAAUCAUGCUUUGUAAGUCCAGUUUCACAUGUGACCGUAGUCUCGUCGCAGCCGGUCUUUGUUUUUGGUCGACUUCUACUAAUACUAUGAAGUUAAGAUUUGGGAUGAUGACCCCAACUCUUCUUGACUUAGCCGCCAUGGCGGGUUUUCGACCAUGUGGUGGUGAAGUAAGUGCUUUAUCUUCAUCAAAAUGCGAGGUUGAUUUCGGUUUCACCAAGAAGAACAAAAGCUACAAAGUUUUCAUGGAAGCUAAUGCUCAAGAAACGGGGCCACUCACGCAUAAAGAACAUACAGCUUUUCUCAUGAUUUGGUUAUGCAAGUACGUCUUCUGCAUGGCGUCGGCGCAAGUUACUUUAGAAGUUCAGCCUCUGGCCGAAGCACUAGCAAAAGGCCAUCGGUUGGCCCUUGGGCCAAUGGUGUUGGCGUAUUUAUAUCGAGGUCUCUACAAUAUGGUGUCACUCAACCCAAUGAAUUGCAAUACUACCGGGCCGAUUUGGUUGUUUCAAUUGUGGCUUCAAGUUUACUUUCCAGAAGUACGGCCAGCUCAUGCUAUAUUUUCUCCUAAUUCUCUUAUUGGAGUAAAUCUUUUAUCUCUACCCCUUUCCGGCCUUAAAGUUGAAGAUUACUUUGGAAUUUUAUACAACUGUGAAGGCCGUUCCCCAGACGAAUUUUCUGUUUGUCUAGACCGAGAAUUUCCUUCUUAUCUUGGGUUGAAACUAAGUUCUCUUUCCCUAGCCGAUAACGGCCAAGCUGCCUUCCGUAAGAGCCUUUGGGCUAGCAUUUUAUUGAGUAGAGACUUACACCUCGGCCUGUCAGUGGGUACACAUGCCAACUACCCAUGCGGGGUUGAGGUUUAUUUCCCUUCUGCGACCGGCCGUCAAUUGGGUUUCACCCAAGCUAUCCCUCUUCCGAUCACAGAAUCUUGCAAUAUGGGCACAUCUCACAGAGCUAAGUUCAAAACAAAAGCUGAAUGUAACGUGGUUUCUGUAGAUAGCAAGCGAAUGAGGAAAACUUUUAAUCUGCAUAUUCGAGAUGCCAAUUUUAACUCUACAACCCACUUUGAUACUUGGUGGAAACACGUCACCCGUGAUUGGUUUACAUCAGUUGCUAACAUUAUUUUUGCCAAGCUUUUUCAGAAAUGGCCGUCAACGAUUAAGGAUGCUACUUCCUGCAACUCGGUGAGCGACACCGGUAACGUGGCCAGAGAAAUAAGUUCUGCUUCGCCAGCAUUACCAAAGAAAAUACUGCUCAACAAGCGAAAUCACUCAACCAUGACUGGGGAUUCAUCUAGUCAUAGUCAGGCCGCUGCUUCGGCCAAGCCUAAAGUAGUCUCAAGGCCAAAAUCCCUUGUCAUUCGUACUGGCCGAAAAACUAGCAUGACGUACGAGUCAAGUAGUGAUGAAGAUGAUGAUGGAAUAGCAAAAGCUCCAACAAAACGGCCCAAGAAAGAUCCCGUCAUUGAGGAUCUGCCUGACCUUUCCUCACCUGACCAUUCUCAAGAAUUUAUAGGCUUUGAGACCGAAGACCAAUUUUAUUCGCCGGCCGAUAAUACUGUCAUAGCUAAGGUUAAUGAGGCCGUUGUUGCGGCCUUAGCAAAUGACAACCUAGGCAAACAUAUCUCCCCUUUCAAUGUGGUUGAAAUAGUUAAGGAUACAACGCAGGAAAUUAAUGUUGGGAUUUCAAAAACUGUGGCUCUAUCAAAGACUCCAGUCGAAGUUGAAUUUGCUCAACCUAUUCAAGACACUACUGCAAUUACAACACAUGAAAUGAGUGUUCUGCAGCCUAGAAAGAAAGCACUCCCCUCAGAGGCUAUAUUGGAGUCACUUCAAGGCAUGAGAGAUUACUUGGCUACAGCAAAGGCCGCCACCACUUCUUCAUACAAUUCUUCCUUAAAUAUUGCAGCCAAAGCCACUGUCCAAACCAUCCUCGACAAAGACCAUGCAGAUUUAGCUAAUGAAGCUCAACAUACUCGUCUUUGCUCGUCCAUUCAAAGUCUCCUUGAUGCCCAUUUUUUCCCAACUGAGGAGGAACCCACAAUCAAAGGUUUCAUGAAGCAAUUGGCCGAGGGCAUCCAGGCUUACAAUCAAGCCGUGAUGGAGUACAAUGAUGGCCAAGCCUUGAUUGAAAAGAUUCAAUCAACUAGCCAUAUUCUGCAAGCCCAUCUUCAUAUAUGCCACGAGGGAAAAGGAGAACUGGACAAACUUGAGGAGGAGCAGAAAAAGAUUGAGGCCAGAAAAUCAACCAUCCUUGCCAAGAUUGACAAUGCGGUCCAAGACUCUCGGCCACAUCAGGUCAAACUAGAAAAGUUUAUGCAGCAACAGGCCGAUUUCCAAGAGAAAGAAGACGACUACAAGACCUUAAUGAGUACAAGGGCCGAAUUAUGGGUUAACUUCAAAACCAUCAUCCAAAAGCAUCUUUAA